AUGUCAAAUUCGCAAAAUAAUCGUACCAUUUGGCUUUAUGGUGCUGCCGCUCUUUCUUUGGCUCUUGCAGGAUCUGGCAUUACUUACUAUAUUCUCGAAGAUGACAAGAAAGCAAAGCGUAGAAGAGCUGGUCGCCGUGCAGAGCGAACUACCUUGCGUCUCUUACACCAAAUCAAGGAGGAACAACAAGCCAUCGAACUCGAGAUUGAAAAGGUCGAAGGAAACUUGGAGGAUCAAGCCUGCGAUGAUAAGGCUUUCAAGCAAAAAGAAUAUACCUUGGCUCAUUCCAACGAGUUGUUACUGAGACUCAUGGAGAAGCUGGACGCGAUCAGACCAUUAACAGUUGUCAUGGGGGGCGAGACUGAAGCCGAGCCUAAUGAAUUUGAGCGCAACCUUGUUGCCAAUAUCAAGACAAAGAAGCGCACAGUGAUCGAGUCCAUUGAAGGCCUCUUCCGCAGACUGGACGUUGCUAAUGGUAAGACGAAGAAGGAAUCAUCCAGAAGAGAAGAGGUUGCCAAAGAGAAGGCGAGACUUGAGAAGGAAGAGGCAGAACGUCUUGCCCGUGAAGAAAGAGAGAGAGAGGAAAUCAGAAAGGAAAACCAGAGAAAAGCCAAGGAAGAGCAAGAGAGAAUUGCACAAGAAGAGGCUCUUUUGAGACAAAAGGAGGAAGAAGCCAAUUUGCAGCAAGAAAUCUUGAGCAAGCAAGACGACUAUGAGCAAGUAGAGAUUAUCGAGCAAGAAGAGGUCAAUGAGCCAGUGCAAGAACAACAGCAAGAGCAAGACCAGGAGAAAGCCAUUUUAGAAGCAAUGAAAGAGGUUGAACAAGAAGAUGAGAAUAGUAAAUAA